AUGAAUAUCCUUAGACGAGCGAGGGCACACAGGGAUAUAUCUGUGAUAGAAAAGCCAUUGGAAACUUUUGUCAAAAGAGUUCAGCUCGAGCGACUGCAAAACAUCAAACCUUCAUUAGAGUGUAUCGACAAACUCAUAGAUGAUAAUUUAGCUUUCUUGGUUAAAAAAUUCAAACUUGAGCCAGUUUAUGACCAGUUUGAGUUGAGGCAACGUAUAUGGGAUAAACUAAAGAGGAGCAAAGUUUCGGUCGAUCCAAAAUUAGUAGCUAGGAACAAACACUUUGUUCCACUGGAUAUUCUUUUCACUCCACAAUACAAUAGGUUUAUGAAGGAAUUAUAUCCACUUGAUUAUCAUCAUCAAGAUCAACAACAUCAACAUCAGCAAAAUCACCAUCGACAAUUGCAAAGUCAUCUGUUGUUUCAACCUCGACAAAGGAGUUUUGAUUUAUUGUCCAACCACCAGAAGUACACAAGAAUCAAUCAUGAGAAGCUAUACCAACGAUACUUGGAUCUUCCAGCGCCAGCGCCUCGACAUCUUCCUCACGAUGUUCUCCAGGACUUCAUAACCAGGUUUGCUCUCAAUAACAACCGUUUUGUCGGUAAAGGUUAUUUGUUGGAUCGUAAACUACGAGAAGACCAUGACACGUUUGUUCGCACAAUUAUCGCUCAAAACGAACGACGAAGGGAAUAUCGAAAAAUGGUACAGAAAGUUUUUAAGGACUUGCGCAAAUCGGGAAUUGAAAUUACAGAGCAGGAACAAGUGAGAAUGAUGUAUUUGUCAUACUUUAAGGACUCAGCAGCAGAUAUCUUAUCUGGCAUCGAUUUUGAGUCUCCAUCCAAAACCAUUACUGAUGAGAAAUUGGGGUACAGGAAAUUCACAUUUGUCGAGUAUAAGCAAAUAAUAGAAACUAUUGGUGAGAGAAGCGAUAUUUAUGGUAUGCUUUUGUUUUUGGCAACAAGACAUGAUCGGUUUGAUGUCAUUGAAGAUAUUCUACCACGAGUUCAACUUGGCCAAAUAUUGGGCAAGCGAAAUGAGGAAACCGAUUUCAAAAUGAUUGAUUCUGCACUUCUUAAUUUGCUUAAUUAUUUUACCCACUAUAUCGAUAGAAAAGAUUAUGUUACGUACUUGGCGAGAACAAUUGAGGAAAUAGCAAAACUUGAGGUUGCUAAUGAUAAAAUUAUCGAACAUUUGCUAAAAGUGUUGACAAUCUUGGAUGUUGAUAAAAACAUCAUAGACAAUUUACGAGAGACGUUGGAAGUUGGUGAAAAUCUUAAUGAGACACGAGAUAUGCCACAGGAAUGGCUUUAUAUAUAUACCAAGCUAAAAGUUCUUUGUAGCAAGAAAAACUAG